AUGGAGGACCUGAGAAACAAUGCUCUUAAAGAAGGUCAGUACGGAGAGUGGCUCAAGGCUCCUGAUGGUCAUAAAUGGACUCCAGUAAGCUUGUCAGAUUCCAGAUUUUCUCCACCCACUGAAGCUCAUAGAGACACAGAGGAAGGAACGUCCAAUAAAGCUUCAUCAAGCCAACAAGGGAACAAUCACCAAUUAAUUCCUAGCCACGAUGCUUUUCAGUCUCCAUCCAAAUCCAUUGAUGCAAAUUCCUUGAUAUCGGUCACUAAGACUCCUACCUCUGAAGAAGGUGUGGACACUACUCAUCUCCAAAUUAUUGAAACCUCAGCCAUGGAACUGGAGAAAGGAGACACUCUUAUAACGGUCGAAGGCACCCAAAAUCACAAAGCAAUUUAUGCUCCCAGCACAAAGCUCCCUAAAACAUGGAAAAGAACAGCCAAUAAACUGGUGUAG